CUCCCCUCGGCAGACUCUGGAAGACACGAGCGACCCGGAAGACUUUCCUGCCACACUCCAGAGCCGGUGUGAGAGGCGUCGAUGGCGGAGGGUGCGAAGGCGGCAGCUGAGAGCGGUGGUGGCGGCGACUCCGGAGCAGGCGCAUGCGAACGCGGAGUGGCGCCCAUUAAACCUCAGUACCGAACCACCAAGGAACGGUUCCAUGAAUACCUGGACGCAGACAAGGGGGAGGGUGUAUGCCAGGAAACACCCGCAGGAGAUGGCAAUGAAGACACGGCCGAGCCAGAGGCCAAAAGGAGCCGUCUGGAAGAUGGGCAGGAGAACGGGAAGACGGAGGUGGCAGUUGAAUCCUCUGAACAGAGGCAGGUGCCCAAGAGGGCCCGUGGCCAAAACAAAAGCCGGCCCCACGUGAAGCCAGCGCACUAUGACAAGGAGAGGCUGUGCCCGUCCCUUCUCCAGGAGCUGGCGACUCCGUGUGCGUUUGGAGACCGCUGCCGUUUCCUGCAUGACGUAGAGCGUUACCUGGAGACCAAACCAGCGGACCUGGGCCCUCGCUGCGUGCUCUUCGACACCUUUGGCCGUUGCCCUUACAGCGUUACCUGUCGCUUUGCUGGGGCGCACCUGGGGCCGGGAGGUCAGAACCUGGUGUUGGAGGAAGUGGCGGCCCGCUGUGCCCACCUCCCCUCUGUGCGCAAUGGCCUGGACAGGGCCCUGCAGCAGCAGCUGCGGAAGCGCCAGGUGUGCUUUGAGCGAGCUGAGCAGGCCCUGCGCAACCUCACGCAGGGCCCCGUGCCUGUGGCCAUUCCUGAGACCACUGUGGCCACGGUGACCCCAGAGCAGAACAGCUGCCACGCCCAGCCAGACCCCGUAGGAGGGGCCGGCACCCCACAUGGCAGCCCUGUGCCCACCUGUGGCCCCCUGACAGACGAGGAUGUUGUCCGGCUGCGUGCCUGCGAAAAGAAGCGGCUGGACAUCAGAGGGAAGCUGUACCUGGCUCCGCUCACCACGUGUGGGAACCUGCCCUUCCGCCGCAUCUGCAAGCGCUUUGGUGCAGAUGUCACCUGUGGUGAGAUGGCCGUGUGCACAAACCUGCUCCAGGGACAGAUGUCCGAGUGGGCCUUGCUCAAGCGCCACCCGUGCGAGGACAUCUUUGGGGUGCAGCUAGAGGGUGCCUUCCCCGACACCAUGACCAAAUGCGCGGAGCUCCUGAAUCGCACCAUUGACGUAGACUUUGUGGACAUCAACGUGGGCUGCCCCAUCGAUCUUGUCUACAAGAAGGGUGGCGGCUGCGCCCUCAUGAACCGCUCAGCCAAGUUCCAGCAGAUUGUGCGAGGUGUGAAUGAGGUGCUGGAUGUGCCGCUGACUGUUAAGAUGCGCACCGGCGUCCAAGAGCGCGUGAGCCUAGCACACCGCCUGCUGCCCGAGUUACGGGACUGGGGCGUCGCACUGGUCACGCUUCACGGCCGCUCCCGAGAACAGCGCUACACCAGGCUGGCUGACUGGCCCUACAUAGAGCACUGUGCCAGGGUGGCCAGCCCCAUGCCCCUGUUCGGAAAUGGGGACAUCCUUUCAUUUGAGGACGCCAACUCUGCCAUGCAGACAGGCGUUGCAGGGAUCAUGGUUGCCCGUGGUGCCUUGCUCAAGCCCUGGCUGUUCACGGAGAUCAAGGAGCAGAGGCACUGGGACAUCUCGUCCUCCGAGCGCCUGGACAUCCUCAGGGACUUCACACACUAUGGCCUGGAGCACUGGGGCUCUGACACGCAGGGCGUGGAGCGGACCCGGCGCUUCCUUCUUGAGUGGCUGUCCUUUCUUUGCAGGUAUGUCCCUGUGGGCCUGCUCGAGCGACUCCCUCAGAGGAUCAACGAGAGGCCGCCCUACUACCUAGGCCGUGACCAUCUGGAGACGCUCAUGGCCAGCCAGCAGGCUGCGGACUGGAUUCGCAUCAGUGAGAUGCUGCUUGGACCAGUUCCCCCUGGCUUUGUCUUCCUGCCCAAGCACAAAGCCAACGCCUACAAGUAGCCAACGGAGACAAUAAAUUUUAUUCUUCUACAA